AGGAAGCUGUCUCUUCGCCUCCCACACAAAACAAUGUCGUAAUUAGCUACUAGAUUGUUUACAGGGACGGUAAUUGGGUAAACGACAGAUCAUGGAGCGUGAUGGUCAGCUGAACGACUUGCGGCUUCAGUUCCAAACGCUGCAAAAACAGCAGGAGAGAAGACAACUGGACAGGAAAAAGGAGAAAGACCCAGAUAAGCUUAAUGUCGCUGAUGCCCAGGAUGGUUUGGAUCUGUCCAAGCAAGACAGUCCCAAAGACAGGCUGCUGCAGAGUGAGAAUCAGGCGCUGCUGGACCAGCUGAGAGAGCUAAAGGAUGAAAACGGUCGACUCUUCAAACUCCUGAGUGAAAAAGAUUUUGAAAUUAAACACCUGAAGAAGAAAAUACAAGAAGACAGACUGGCCUUAGCAGACACGUCGGGGUUGGCGGGAGCUGUAGCUGCCACCAAGAUCAUCGAGCUUUCCAAGAAGAACAGAGAGCUCAGCGCUAAAAUCGAGCAAGAGAAGAUCAAAACCAAACAAAAUAGCAACAGAAUCAAAGAGCUCGAGAAAGAGCUGCAGGCUGCUUUGCUAAACUCACCACCCGGACAAAAGACUGACACGAAGUCACUGGAAAGGAGCUCAUUGGAAGGCUGUGAGCAGGAAGGUCCACUGGUCAAAUCCCUGCAGGAGAAGUUAUCAGCUGCCCAACUGAAGGUGACUGAGUAUCGCAACCAGCUUCAAUCCGCCAAACAGGAGCUGAAAGUAGCCCAGAAGGUUUUGAUCAGUGAGUUGGGAGAGGAGGUCAACCUUCAGCAAAUGCUCAGCUGCCCUGGAAACUUCCGAGGUCGCUCCCAGCAGAUACUGGCUCUUCAGACGAGGGUGCGGGACCUCGAGCAGCAGCUGAACCAGUCAACUCUGCAAAGACAGUCAAGUGUCCUGAGUUUAGAGGAGGAGCUUCUGGGGUGGGGUGUCCCUCAGAAAACCCCUCCUCAAGACAGGAACCUCAUCUACCUCCGCUCCAUCAAGAAGGAGAAGAGAGAGGCAUUUGAGCGGAUCUCAGCGGACUACGAGGCCCUCUUGAAAGAACACGAGGAUGUGAAGAAAAAGCUGGAAGCUUCCAAAGCCAGGAGCAAAUCUCUAGCCUUUGAAAUGAAAACUCUGAAGGGCCAGAUCGCCACCUUAGUGGAGAAGGGAAAACAUGAUGAUGAGCUGAUGGAGGCUCUGUUGAAGCAGCAGGCCCAGAUGCAGAAGGUGCUGACUCAGCUCAGCCAGCAGCAGAAUGUCCAGAGCAAGAAGACCCAGAGGCAACAGCUGAACAAUGAGGAGCAAAACACCGUCGCCCUGAGGCUCCAGAAGCUGGUGGCUGAGAAAGAUGUCCAGAUCAAAGAGCUACAGCAACUCUCUGUCAAGAUGGUGAAGGAAGACGGUGUGGACACACGGUCCAGCAACAGGACAACAAGUUGCAGUUCAGGGUUUCCCCCUGAAGAGGGAGACAUUAGCAAGGGAUUUGCAUCUUCAGGCUCGGUUUCUAAACUCGGUCAUAAACUGGUGCUGCCUGCUGUGAGGAGCAGUGCAGAACUCAAAGAGAAGGAGCCGAACCAGCUGCAUUCGGAGGCUGAGCAGCAGCACCAAGAGGAGCGUCCCAGCGCCAUGACGGUGGAGCAGGAGUCACAGAGGACAAGAUUACAUUCAAACGUCGUCCUUCAGCACCAGGACGGCAGCAGUUUCUGACUCUGAGCAACAGGAAUAAACUGUCCAACAAUCCAGCUGGCAGUUGUGAACAUUUUUUUAUGUCUAGCUUUGACAGCACAGUAGAUGCCUUGAACUGGUUCUGAAAACAUAGAAUUUUUGCUUUUUCCAACCAUAAAAUUUCACCAGAAAUAAUGACUGGAAACUCUGCCCAAGACAGCAGUCAUUCAGCCCGCCGUGUUUGGGCUGCACAGAGAUGUUCAUGUUACUCGUGUAUGUUGUCUCCCGGCUGGUCAUUCAACUGGAGGAAACGGGGCCGCUGAGGGCGUCCCUAAAGAGCACUCUCCAUCACGGCCUGCAGCUCUGCAGUGACGUGAUGAGACAAGUCAAGCAUGUUUUCCUGCAGGCUCUGGGACAGCACAGACAAGACACUAACCAGGGGAAGUGGCUGGUCCCUGCUCAACCUCACUUCCAGCUGAGCCUACCUUCUCCUGUCACAUGUGACAAACAGCAGCCUGCAGGAAACAGGCUCUCCUGCUCCGCCACACAAACAUCGUAUGGAUGCCUGACGUCCAAACCCUCAAAGACUGCUUGUGACGGCGAAGUUGGGUAGCCUCAGUUUAACAGCUUGAGCACCUUGAGUAGCAGAGCUUUCAACUUAACCCUGAUGGCAUCAGACAAGCGUUCCUGGUGACUGCAGAAAUGUUUGACGCUGAUAGGCUGUCUCCCUGUAGUUUCAUAUCUCGUCUGCUCGCUGCUUUGUAAAUGUCACUGCCACAUUUUAUUAAAUAAAUGCACAUUGUUUCCUUCCAUGGUAACCUUAUAGGUA